AUGAUGGCUAUUGGUUCUCCUGUAUCAUCAAUAUUAUUGAAACGUUUAAGAACACAUAAAACAAUUCAAUUUCAAUCAAAAUUGAGUUCACCAAUUGAAAAUAACGUCAAUGAAGGUUCAGCAUUUCAUUUAACCUGUUCAUUUUUAUCAAAUUUUGAUAAAAUCGAUAUAUAUUGGUUUCAUAACGGAACUUUAAUUGAAUCAUUUAUUUCAAAAAAAAAUUUGGAAGAAGAAGAUGAUGAUGUUGAAGAUUCUUUUUUGGGUGUUUCAAUUAUAUCAACAAUAAAUAUAGAAAAAAUAUCAUUUGAUAUGAAUGGCUCUUAUCAAUGCGUUGGAGUAUAUCAACAUAUUCAUGUUCAACACACAUUUCAUGUUCAUGUUAAUACAAGCCAGAAUAAUUCUUCGAUGAAAAAUUCUUCUAUAGAUUCAUUUAUUACUGUUCAUACAUCUCAAGCUUUAUUUGAACCUCGCAAUUAUGUAUCAUUAAUGUGUCGUUUUGCUUCCGAUCGAAAAGAUGAAUGUAAAACAAAAUGGUUUAAUCCAUAUGAUAAACCAUUAGAUACAUUUAAUGAGACAACAGAUUUAAUUUUGCAAAAUGCUACUUUUGAUGAUUCAAUGGGUUUAUAUACUUGUCGAAUUUGUUGUUCAAAUCAAUGUCAAGAAUUAACAUCUUUUGUUUAUCCAGCUGAACAAGAAAGAUAA